CCCGCGGGCGGACUGUGCCGCGCCGUUCGGCGGGCGGCGGGGGGUAGGGGAGGAAUGCGCCUGCGCAGAGGCAAGCCGGGGGGCGCGAGCGAGCCGGCGCGCGACGUUGGGUGCCGAAUAAAGCAGUGAGAAGUACCACAUACACUCAGAAAGUAGAACACAAUGCCUCUUUUUGGUAACACUUUUAGUCCAAAGAAAACACCACCCAGAAAAUCAGCUUCUCUCUCCAACUUGCACUUGCUGGAUAGAUCAACUCGUGAAAUUGAGCUGGGCCUGGAGUAUGGCAUCCCCACCAUGAACCUUGCUGGUCAGAGCCUGAAGUUUGAAAAUGGCCAGUGGAUAGCAGAGUCAGGAAGCUUCACUGGGGAUCGCAGGGAAAUGCAACGCUUGCGCAAACGAAACCAGCAGCUAGAAGAAGAAAACAACCUCCUUCGACUGAAAGUGGAUAUUCUGUUGGAUAUGCUCUCUGAGACCACAGCUGAGUCCCACCUGAUGGAGAAAGAGCUGGAGGAACUGAAGAAUCACAGCCGAAGGAGGAAGUGAGUUACUGGAAGAAGAAGAGGUGCCUAGAGGAUAAGAGAACAAGGAAGCUAACUUUGAAUCUUCAUUGCUCCUGCAUGCAGGAUUCCUAGAGCUAGCUUGAACAACUUAGCUGUGUUGGUACUAUAUAUAUAGUUGUGUUGGUACUAUAUAUGUAUAUAUAUAUAUGUAGUUGGUACUAUAUAGAGAGAGAGGUACUUUGUUCCACAGAAAAAUGAAUAAUAGUAGGUACCUACAGUGUUGCGUGGUAUUGCACCUACUACAGGACUGGUGUUUCAGCACCACAUUAAAUUAUGCCACAACACUAUUAAUGAACACUCAUAUUUUUUCUCAGAGCAGUUUAAUAUGUACCUCACUACCUUUCUUCAGCAAUCGAAUUGUAGCUACCGUAUUUUCUAAGAAGAAUCUGACAAAAUGCUCCCUUUCCUGCGAACAGUUGGGUGUACGUGAACAGAUGAUGGAGAAGAUUCACUCUUAAGUGAACUCUCAAGUGACGUGGAGUUGCAACUCUUGCUUAAAGACCCGUGCUGUUACCUUCAGUCCCAAAAGGUCCGGAUUGGUUGCUUCCUGGUUUCUGUGAUUAAAAAUAGAGCAAACUCUCUCCACUACCCCCAAAGGACAGUCUUUCCCUCUUGAUAUUUUUGUGUGUUUUUAUACAAACUGUUGGUUUUGCUACUUGCCUUUGGCAAGCAGGAUGCUGAAAUUGCUCGUUCCCCAUGGCAUUUGAUACUCUGUAGAAAGUUACAUUAAAAAACGCGGGUGUUUUGCUA